AUGCCUCGAAGAGGAUCUAGUCCUUCAAGAGUUUCGUCUCGUCCACGUGCAAAUUUGCCGGCUCGUGCACCUCCAUCUGCUGUUGCACAGCCUCCAGCACAACCGCGACAGCCAGGUUUAAUGGGACAGAUGGCAGCUACAGCCGGGGGUGUAGCUAUUGGUUCAGUUGUUGGUCACGCUGUUACGGGAGCAUUGUCGGGUGGAUUGGGUGGCAAUCCUGCUCAGCCUGCCCAGAUAUCUUCAACUUCGGAUCAAUCUCAAUCUCCAUGUCAAUACCAUGUCGAUGAACUUAUUCGAUGCGCUCAGUCUCAAAGUGAUAUAAGUGCUUGCAGUGGCUUCUCUGAAGCUCUAAAAGAAUGCAGUCGCCAGUACGGAUUAUACCAUUAG